AUGUUCCUCAAGUCGUAUGAUGGCGACGUGGAAGAUCUGGGUCUAACCCACACGGUUGUCCAAGAGAUAUUCGGUGAACAAAAAGAGAUCGAGAUCAUCCCUGGCGGUGGCAAUGUUCCCGUGACUAACCGAAACAAAACGCGGUACAUCCAUCUUGUUGCGAACUACUAUCUCAACACACAGAUCCGUGAACAGUGCGCAGCCUUCAGGAUGGGCUUGUCAGAUCUCAUCGACCCGCGCUGGCUUCAGAUGUUCAAUGAGCCCGAGUUACAAGUGCUUAUUUCGGGAAAGAGCGGCAAGAUCGACGUCGAUGAUCUCAAGGCCAAUUCCCGAUACGCCGGUGGCUACUACGCGUUGGACAAACGCGUAGCAUGGCUGUGGCAGGCAUUGGCGAGUUUCACGCCUUCCGAACAAGCUGCCUUUUUGCGCUUUACUACAAGCUGCCAGCGUGCUCCAUCGCUGGGCUUCGCCUCGCUCACGCCUCAGUUUUGCGUACAGAAGAUCCCAAUACGGAGCGACGACGAGCUGCUGCCUAGCUCCUCAACGUGCUUUAAUACGUUGAAGCUGCCGACGUACUCGUCGUACAAGGUGCUCCGUGCAAAGCUGCUUACGUCCAUCUCGUCUGGAGCCGGCUUCGAGAUGACAUAA